AUGAUUCGACUGAGGAGAGCUUUGAGAAUAAUCUUCUUGCUGAUGGUGAUCGGCCUCGCAUAUGUCAUGAUGUUCACGAGGUCUCCAAUCAGUCUAGCAGAUAACACUCGCCAGGCCAUUUUUUUGAACUUUCGUUUGAUGUACGCGAAAGUAACAUCCGAAAGCUUGAGCCUAGAUGACAAUAUAAACUUCCAAAAAAAAGUGAACGAAACUACCACAGAAAAGUUGAGUUCUGACACUUCGCACAGCCUCUACUUUCUUCGACCUGACUACAAACCGCCAACAGAAAUUUCUAUCCCACAGUAUUUUCUUUCAUCUGGGAAGGACCCACAACAGAAACCACAUAUACAACCUUUUGAUCCACGUCUUACCUUAUCAAUUUAUUUUGCGUGGAUACGCGAAAACCCUGGAAAGGCGGUGCCGUUUCAUUGGUCUGACUGGGUAGACUUAUCUGUUUUGAACAAGUACAUUCUUUUACCAUCUAACAAGAAGGAAACAUGUGAGAGUCUUUUCCAACUCACCGACGAACAAAAGCGAAAGAGUACCACCUCUCCAAUUGACGAAUAUUGCGCGACUGAUCAAUAUUUCCCAUUAGGCUUUAAAGUCAGGCGCUAUCCCUUAGAUCAAACCAGAGAAAAUGCCCAAUUACUUGCCAAGGCACAUCUCUAUUCUGUAUUUCCUUCCCCGACGCGCUUGGUGAUUCUCACAAACAAUCACGGCGCCUAUCAUAUUGAUGUUGAAAAUCUGGAAAACGAUUUGAAAUACUCUUUGCUCCACAACCGCUUGCCAGAGCAGGUCUUCUCUUCCGAGAGCGUGGAUAAAGUGGACGUCGUUAGCAGCUAUAAAUCACUUCUUCGCUUUCAAAAGCCGAGUGUGGAGUAUGAGCAGGAGCCAGACAAAAUCGAUCUUGUUGAAGCUUCCUUCGAUGUGGACGUGGAAGAUAUAAUCCUGAAAAUGAAGGAGAAUGAGAUCUCACCACAAGAAAAGAAGUAUCUUUCGUCCCUUGAAUAUUCUAAGGAUGACAAGCUGCCCGGGAAGUCGUUCAUGGAAGCGAAGCUCUUAGCCUUGGAUAAGCAAAAGAUUCUCGGGGACCAUUACGACUGGAGAUUCUUUAAUGGUUUGACAAUCAACACAGACAAGCAAGUCCUCGCACUCCAUCGAGUUCUCAAAAAUUAUCUCUCGUUCUGCCGGACACAUGGAAUUGUGACAUGGAUAGCGCAUGGGUCUUUGUUAUCCUGGUAUUGGAAUGGUAUGGCGUUUCCAUGGGAUGCUGAUACUGACGUUCAAAUGCCGAUCACAGACUUACAUCGUUUGGCCCGAGAUUUCAACCAGACAUUGGUGAUUGAAAACACAGGCCGUGACUUGCGCGGGGCUGAUGAAAAAUCAAUGGAAUUCAAUGGCAUGGGGUCUUUCUUCAUCGAUGUCGGAUCGAGCAUAACUCAAAGGGAGCAUGGAAACGGCCUCAACAAUAUAGACGCAAGGUUCAUAGACAUCCACACUGGUCUAUACGUUGAUAUCACUGGCUUAGCUGUCUCCGACGAGAAUGCCCCAGGCAGAUAUGAAUCCCCGAAAAUCCUGCAAAAGCCCGAAACAAACAAAAUUCACAACAAAUUGAAAAAUCUUUUCAAUUGUCGCAAUAGGCAUUUCUCCUCACUUAGUGAAUUGACACCUUUAGUCAAAACUGUUGUGCAGAAUGAAAUUGCUUAUGUACCAAAGAAAUUUAGCCCCAUGCUUGAACACGAAUAUCGAGCAGGAGGAAUGAUCCAACAAAAGUUCAAGGAUUAUAUCUACUUGAGCUCGUUUCGUUUGUGGGUGAGAGUUCAGAGUCUGCGUGGCUUGGGCAAACGCGAUAGCAAGGACGAAAAGCUAGAAACUAUUGCUAAUUUUGACAUGGAUGACUUUGUCAACUUGCUUUACGACAACUGGAUUUUACGUGAGUAUUUAAGUGGAAGAGAAUUCACACAUUUCCACGAAAAUCAAAUGAGUUAUUUGCUCAGUAGUCGCAUGGAGAAAUACUUCUCUGGGUUGCGGACUUAUAUUGAAGAGAACAAGGCGAACCGCCCAAUCUGGGGUGAUUUGUUUAUGAAUGAGAUUGCUGUUCAUGGAUGGGACUACGACAAGGAAGUGCAAAAGAUAGAGGCGCUUAUUGACUUGUACAAGGAAGACCAAAUGAAAACCGAUGGAGCAGAGACUGUUUCGAACGAUCAGAACAAAAUUGUCUCCAGCGACUCUGAAGCGAUUCAAUCGUAG